UUAUCAUUUUAAAUGCAAGCAGUUAGUGGCUAGUCAAGCUUUUAUUUUUUAUUUUACUAGUGUUUUAAAGGUUUAAUAAAAGUGUAUAUAAGUGUUACUAGCUAAAAUGGUUACCAAGUGUUUAGUGUUGUUAAUUUUUAUUAGUACCCUAAGUUCACAUAGUGCCACAUAUGUACGUGAAAAAAAUCCACAAACCGGAUUAGGCAGGUUUUGGAAUAGACAAUACUCCUCAGCCUCCGCCCUCCAGUGCCAGUUCCCGCGGCUGGCGCACGGGCGCACGCGCGCGCGCAUGAGGUCCAAGAUGGUGAAGUUCAGCUGCUUCCCCACGUACGAGCUGGUGGGCAACCGCUACGCCACCUGUGUUGAUGGGGAGUGGGACGAACCGCCGCCCGUCUGCGUUCGCAGCGGCUGCCAAGUCCCCACCAAGAUGGAGAACGGCGUGGUGCUUCGCAACCGCAACGACGCGUGGCUGGCCUUUUUCUGCAUGCCCGGGUUCCGCCUGCAGGGCCCCCCCGUGGUGUACUGCGACGGCGCCAGGUGGAACUCCACCAUGCCGAGUUGCGUUGACGGCAACGCGUCGCCACCGCUGAGCUGUGACUUCGAGUCGGCGGACCUUUGCGGCUGGAAGCAGGACGAGACCCACGACUUCGACUGGAGACGCCUGAACGGGAAGACUCCCAGCUCCUUCCUCAACACCGGACCCUCGCAUGACCACACCCUGGGGGAAGGGAACUUUGGGUACUACAUGUACAUAGAGAGUACGUCGCGGGAUGAGAACAACACGGCGCGACUGCUGUCUCCGAUCUACAACGCGUCAUUGGCCAAGGAUGGAUGCUUCUCGUUCUAUUACCACAUGUAUGGGCAGUCCAUCGGUGGUCUCCGCGUAUACCAGAAGCCUGACAACCUGUCCCUGACAGACCUGCUCGCCAUGCCGGCGGCGGGGCGGCGGCGCUACGUGCUGUUCGAGCGCUGGGGCGACCAGGGCGACUACUGGCUCCAGGACAUGGCACGGUUGAACGACUUCGGGGAUGACUUUCAGAUCGUGCUAGAAGGCAUCCGCGGGCGCAGCUUCACGAGCGACAUCGCGGUGGACGACGUGGCGCUGCUGCAGGGCGGGAACUGCUCCGAGCCCGCCGCGCCCAGCGAGCCCACCUACCCGGGGUUCUCGUGCCAGGGCCAGUGCGGGGCGAAGGCGGGCGCGGGGGGCGCGGCGUGCGGCUGCUCCGCCGACUGCUACCUGACUGGAGAGUGCUGCCCCGACUUCUUCGAGCUCUGCAUGUUCAGCUCUGAUGGCACAACAGAUAACGAAGUGUUCGACGCGCAGCCACAGACGCAGAAACUCAUCGGAACAACUCAAACCACCACAACAGAACCUUCAACAACUGUAUCAACCACCACUUCAACAACCCCUAAACCUUCUACAACAACCCCUGCCCCUACAACCACAUCUACUGCCAAACCAUCCACCACCACCAAACGAGUCGUUUCCACUACUAAACUAACCACUAAAGUCAUUCCCAAAAUCGUUAUCAAAUCCACAACUCCAAUGUACAACGCCACAGGGGUUUUACAAAAGGAUAAUAAAACUACAACAGUUGUAACUAGCACUAGUACAGUUCGGACAACAACGAAAGGUGUUAUAAAGACGACGAGCAGACCACAGACAACAACACUGAAGGCGACAACGUAUAACCACGGCGUGUCGCGGACCAUAGAGAACCACAAUCAGUAUCAUCAGCUGGUGGAAGAAGCGAAGAAUAGAAGACUUGAUGAUGAGAAAGAUGCUAAACCAGUAAAAUCCUCAUCAACAGCUACAACCCUGAUCAUUCUCCUGGUCGUGUUAGUGUCAGCGACGGCCGCGGCGGCGCUAGUGCGGCGGCGGCGGGGGCGCGCGCGGGCCGCGGGGGGAGAGGUGCGGUACCUCACGGCUCAUGAGGAUGAAGAGUAGAGGGGGAAUAAAUGAGUUUGUGAAU